GUAGCUGGUGCCAGGACACCCAGAGCAGUUGCAUUCUUUCUCCCUUUUUUGUGGGGAUUACUUGGGGAAAGAUCAGAGUGAAUAAGGGUGGUAGGGUAGGGAGGGAUGUGGCCCCAGGGCUCAGGCAGAAGCAGAAGAGGGGAGAGGUGGCCAUGGCUAGCCUACCUUCUACUUAAGUGAAGUCAGAGUUACAAGUGCAGCCAUGAAAGUGUGGGGAUGCUGCCCAUGGAUAACCAAUUCUUCCUUCUUCCUGCUGGUUCUGUUGCUGCUGAUACUGCUUAUCACAGGGAGGUUCUGUGAACAGAGGCUUGGCUGGAGAAACUCCUAUGGAUCUGGCCUGGCUUCCAGAAGUUUCCACUACCACCAAGGUCAGGUCCUACAUCUCAAAUUGUACCGGAGGGACACAGCAGAUGCACAGGAGCAAUGUGAAGGUGUCUCUGAUGUCUACAUUGUCUUGGACAAGUCCCUAAAAAUGGGAGUUGCGUGGCCAAACGUGUGCCAGUUUGCAGCGGAUGUGAUCAACCAUAUACAACACCCUCAAGUACGGUUUUCCAUCAUUACCUACUCCUGUAAGGGCAACGUCAUAUUGCCACCCACCUCUGACAGAGAAGAAAUUCGAAGAGCCUUGGAGAGACUGAAUAAUACUAUGCUUGCAGGGAACAUGCACAUAGAGAAAGGACUUACUAAGGUUCACUCCGAGAUGCAGAAAACCAGAUCAAAAGGCCUCAGUGGCUCCAGCCUGGUCAUUGCUUUGAUGACUGAACCUAUCAUGUUGGACAGUCAGAAAAAGAAAGUAAAAGCAGAAGCUGAAAAGAUUCGGCAAUUGGGGGCAUCCCUUAAUGUUGUGGGUAUAAACAUAGUUGACACACUGCAGGUAUUUGAAAUUGCAGAUAGAUCAAAAGAUGGAUUUCCACUGAGACAAGGAUUUAGACACCUGCCAACCAUUGUUCCUGAACUGGUUUCCCGAGUCUGUCCUAAUUUCACAUCUGUGGAUAAUGUCACCGUGUGUAUAAAAGAACCCUACAAAAUUGUCGUUCGUGGACAUGGCUUUUUGUAUGGCAAAGGCAAUGACCGAAUUAUUUGCAGAUUCAAGUUGAAUGACUCCAAAGUUGUUGAUGAAAGCCCCAUUUCUGUUGGCAAGUAUACCCUAACUUGCCCUGGAGCAAUAUUAGAGCAACCUGGACAACAGGCAUUUAUUGAACUCAGCCUGAAUAAAGGAAAAACCUUCCUGUCCAACAACAUCAGCAUCACCAGCACAGACUGUAAUGCAAUGACUACAACACCUAUUCCAGAAACAACAUCUACCAGUGAAACAACUCAAACUGAAACUUCAACCACCACCAGCGGUGAAAAGCCAGCUGGAACCACCACCAGUAUCCCACCUCUCACCAGCAAGCCAGUGAAAAUUUAUGUGAAGAACAAAAGAUUCAUUUUUAUCCCAAUCGGACUAUCCCUGCUUCUGUCUCUGCUGCUGCUUGGAUGCUUAUGGCAGCUGUGCUGUCCACCAACUGUCAAGAAGCCACCUCUGGUGCUACCACCAGGAAAGGUACCAAGAAAGAGGCUAGCACCUCCCCCACCACAAGCACCUGUGAACGUGUACCCCACCAUAAUAAUCUGCUACUGUGCCUGCCGUGGUGUGUGUCUGAGCAGAGACUCGAAGGGAAACAUAAUCGUGUGUAACGAUGAUCACUCAAGCUGCUACCAAGAGUCGUUGACAUGCUCUCAGCUCGGCAAGCAGGGGAGGUAUUCCAAAUUUGCCUUGGGGAAGGCCCUCUGCACACAGGAUCCCUGCAGUCCAAAGAUCUGCCUUGGUCCAGGCCAGGAGUACCUCCCCAUUGCCUACUGCUCCCAGUGCCAUCCACUCUCAACCAGGUGCUCCACGUGUCCCUCCGGGAUGCAGCCAUCUCUCCUUCCCCCUGCCCAGAUAAACCGCAGAACUGUACUUUCACUACCACCCCCAUAGUCCAGUCCAACCUCCAACCACCAAAAAGCCUAGAGUAAGAGAUCUUUUUUUUUGAUAAAUUGCACAUUUGUAUCAAACCUUCAAUUAUAAUAAAAGGUUGGGAUUUUUUUUAUUGAUCAGCUUUUGUCACCCACAGAGAUGCUCCACUGAACGGGGUGUCUAUGCUACACAUUCCAGGAUAAAGCACUCAGUGGUCCUAUGGACUCUGGGCAUAGAUGAGUCCCCUCCAACAGCUCUCUGAACAGCCUGGCACAUAUGAGGACUCAUGCCAAAUUCUCCUUGCAAAAGCAUUUAAUUCAUCUUGACAGUAGAUGAAGCAUUUACAUAUUUUUUAUCUGAAGUUUUUCAAGGCACUUAGAAGUGAAAAUAUACUGGUUUGUAAUCAAUAUGAAUUGGAUAGAGAGUGACAGCCAUGCUGUCUUCCAUGUCUCCAAGUAAAGAAGUCUUUCCGCAA